GCUCUGUCAACUGACGAUUAUAGACGGGUGAUGAAAUUAGUAGAAACAGCAAUUUUAUCGACAGAUUUAGCCAUGUACUUCAAGAAACGCAAUAAAUUUUUAGAACUCAUAGACGAUGGAGAGUUUGACUGGCAAAGCGACGACAGGAAAGACUUAUUGUCAGGUAUGAUGAUGACAGCCUGUGAUGUUAGUGCAAUAGCCAAACCGUGGGAGGUACAACACAGAGUGGCAAAAUUAGUGGCUGACGAGUUUUUUGACCAAGGAGAUUUAGAGAAAAUGCAAUUAAAAGUCAAACCAAUUGCCAUGAUGGAUAGAGAGAAAAAAGACGAACUUCCCCAGAUGCAAGUAGAAUUUAUCGACAUUAUAUGUCUGCCCCUGUACCGAGUCCUGGCGGAUACGUUCCCCUGGGUGAAGCCCUUGUAUCAAGGGACCCUGGAGAAUCGGAGGCACUGGCAGGAUCUGGCCGAAAAAGUGGAAAUGGGUCUCACGUGGAUAGACCACGACACGAUAGAUAAGCCGGUGGAAGCUUUUACUGAAUCUGAAGAAACCAAAGAUAUUGAACUGACAGUCCAGACUCUCCACACAGUAUCAUCAGCAGCUCCCGUAGAACUUAAGAAAAGACACAAAAAACUGUGCUGCAUGUUGUGACUAUUAACUGACUGUUAAACUAGUUUAAUAGUAAUCAGCACUGCUUCGUCCAAAUCUAGACAGUGUUAUUGUAAAGAGAAGAGUUUAAGAACUCGGUUGAUUUAUGGCAAACGGUGCUAUGUCUCGAAAUUUUGGCGUUUUUCUUGUUACAAUAAGUAUAGCAAUAAGUUCUAUGAGCCAUAAAAAGCAUAUAUGGUUUCAGUUGGCUCUUUAUGCCAUAUGGAACCUUUAUAAGCCAAAUAGAACCAUAUAAUUUUUUUGGAAUUCGAAAUUUUGGCCAAAACAAGAUUUUCGUGUUACUCAUUGUUAUAUAUAAAUAUAAUAUUUUUUUAUUGUUCAUAAUAUCGCAAUAAGAUUUCGACAUAGCAUUUUUAUCCAUAAAUAAACCACCACCAAAGAAACUAAAUUGUGUAUAGUUCUAAAACAAACUAUACUAUAUGUACGUACAGUGUGUUCAAUGUAUUUAGAAGAACUGGAGAGAAAAUUCCAGCCAACAUCAACUAACUUAGUGACAAAUGAAGUAUUAUGCAGUAUACUGGGUGUCCCAAUAUUCCGUGGAUAUAGAACUGUUACGUAUUUCUAGAGGCGAAUAAGUUCAUUAGAUACAAUUUACUACUUCACAAAAGUGCUUUGUUUGUCAGAAAAAUUAACACAUUUCUUAAAAUAUUUUAAGAAGCGUUAAAAAGGUGGUGGUAGUUCGCCUUUCCCGUACUUUUUCUUCAUUUUUGCGAAAGUAAAAUGUUAAAGUGUUUUGCAAAACAUUGGCAUUCCAAAUAUCUCUGUCAAAUCGGAAUAUUGGUUUUUAAAAUAUCUUAAAAAAGGAUUUAAUUUUUAAUGUUUGAUGCCCUCUAGCGGACAAACGAAGCACUUUUGUAUAAAGGUAAAUUGUGUCCCGAUGAACUUAUUUUUAUUCAAAAACAUACAUACCGGGUGUUGCAUCGUCGGACGGGACAUAGGAAGUCCCAUGUAAAUUCCAAGGGGGUCAAUUAUUGGCUUCCCUAAUUAUUUUAGAGAAUAAUUCUA